AUGGCCGGUCUUGAGGAUUUCCCAACCGAACUGCUCGACGUGCUCUUGGACGAGCUAGGUGAGUCGUUGAUUUCUUCGGCCCCAGCUCUGCUACGAUGCUGCAAACAAUUGUACCGGCGCCUCGUACCCUGUCUCUACACACGAAAGGAUGUCCGGAAUAGGGCAAUGGCAUGGGCUUGCAGGGCCGGCGUUCUCGAAGUGGUUGAACUUGCAGCUUUCUACGGCGCGCCUGUCAGUACGGCAAUCUCGACGUCAGGCGUGCAGGAUCUGACGUUGCAUCUUGCCAUCAAAGGGGGUAAAUCAGAUGUGUUCAAGCUUCUUUUGCAACUGGGCGCUCGUCUGGAUGAUCCUGUUAUGUCGCAGCAGGGUCGUCAGCGAGUGCAUUCAUCCAUCAUGAAGCGAUUCUGUUCGCCACGCUAUGCGUCUUCCAAUCCCAACCUUAUCAAAAUGUUCUUCGAGUCAAGAUUGCAAAACCAGAUGCGAGACGACGGCUGCGGUCCCGAGGUUUAUGAUCCGCUUGCCCAGCUCAUCGUAGCAGGUGCUUCCACUGAGUUGGUGCGGCUUCUGCUAAGGCAAGGUGCGGAUCCUGAGGGUAUUCGUCGCUGCUCGCGCAAAGACUACCUCUGUCCGCUCUCAGCUGCUAUAACUGUCGGUUCCCCUUCCAUAUUCCGCUUGCUUUUAGAGCACGGGGCGGUAUUUCAUGGAAAAGGCAUGAUGGAGUCACCACACAAAGGCUCCAUUGUGCCCAUCUGCGCCGCAGCGAUUUCACUGGCGCGUCACCACUAUGGCAUGUCUAUGAUGCAGUUGUGUCUGGAGCACGGUGCCGACAUCAACCAACGGUUCCCGAUCAGAGUCUACGGCCCGCGUCUAUGGACAAACGAUUGGUACGAAGCCUCACCUCUGUCCGUAUUCCUGACUUCGAUCAUGGUGGGGGAGAUUGAAAAUGAUCCAGUCCAAGGCUUGGUUUAUUUGCUUGAUCGAGGCGCAUUAAUCAGCAACCCGGGAAAGAACCGGGUAACGCCUUUCAACAUGAAGUCGGACCUAGUUUCGCAUUCUAGUUUGGAUAUUGUUCUAGGUCUGCGGAAUCGGGCAGCCCGGGAGCAUGUACACCUUUUGAGGGUGGUGACGCUUCUCGUUUAUUACGGCGCGGCAAGGGAUGAUACUGGUCACCUACUCUCAAAAUACCUCUGGGGCUCAUACAUAUCUUCAACGCAAGAACGUUCUGAAGAGAUAGAGUUGGCUAAAAUACUAAUUGCAGACUUAAUGGUGGAAGAAACACACGAGGUCUUGGCUCACUACAUCAUCAACGCCUGCAGCCCAAUACUGCCCCUUGCGGACGCGCUGAAUAUCAACGUGGUUCAAUUGCUUAUUGCCGCUGGCAGUGCAGGCAAUUCGGCAACAAAUGCGAAAAUUCUUGUGGCUCUCAUCCCCCACUACACGAGUUAUGCAGACGAUGGAACAACAAAUGCGGCGGUGACACACGGACACGCUGCAAUGAAGGAUAUGAGUGUCGGUCUUACUGUCACAAGCACCCGCAAAUUAGAGGACAAUCUCUGA